AUGUCCUCCUCCUCCUCCUCCGCACAACAGCCAGGCGUCGACGUCGGCGAUCUCUCGCCGCAACAGCUUCUCGACGUUCGCUCACAGCUGCAGUCCGAACUGCAGCACCUCACCGCCUCGUACGGCCAGCUGCGCGCCGCACAGCUCAAGUUCAAGGGCUGCCUCGACGCACUGGCCGCGCUGGGGCCAAGCGCAGAGGGCAAAGAGACACUCGUGCCGCUCAGUGCCAGUCUCUAUGUGCCCGGCAGACUGCGCAGCACGCACACGGUCAUCGUCGAUGUGGGCACGGGCUAUUUCGUCGAAAAGGAUGUAGAGUCGGCGGCAACGAUGUACGACGGCAAAGUGGCUGCGCUCGAGGCCAAUCUGCAGGAGCUGCAGGCGACCAUCCUGCGCAAGGAGGACAACUUGAGAGUCGUGAGGGAUGUGCUGACUGUGAAGGCACAGCAACAACGCAUGCAAUUGCCGCAGGAGUCAGGCGCAGGAGCGGCUGGAGCGGC